AUGUUUUCCUACUCCCGCAUGAUCACCUCCGUCUCGGUCGCGCUUGCGCUGACCUCCGUCAUGGCCGUGCCCGUCGACAGGCGCGCGGACUUCACCCUCCAGAACGGCAAGGACGCCAUCGCCCUCAAAACGAGCGGCUCCGCCGCCGGUGGGGCCAAGGUCCCCAGCCCGGCCUUCGUCGUCUACACGGACCGGUUCAUCGACGCGAACAUCCUCCCGCCCGCGACGUCCGUCGCGGGCUUCAACGUGAUCAACCUGUCCUUCCUCACCCUCAAGGGCGCGUUCGACCAGGCGCUCGCGUUCGCGAACCUGCCCGCGGACCAGAAGGCGUCGAAGAAGAAGGAGUACGCGGACGCGGGGAUCAGCAUCAUGGUCGCCGCGUUCGGGGAGACGGACAAGCCGACGACGUCGGGCGCGGACCCGGUCGGGACCGCGAACACGAUGGCGCAGUUCGUGCUCGACCAGGGCCUCGACGGCAUCGACGUCGACUACGAGGACCUCGACGCGGUCAACAAGGGCGACGGCGCGGCGGAGGCGUGGGUCACGACGUUCACCAAGACGCUCCGCGAGAAGCUGCCCGUCGGGCAGUUCAUCCUCAGCCACGCGCCGCUCGCGCCGUGGAUGGCGCCCAACGCGCAGUUCGGCGCCGGCGCGUACGUGACGGUCAACAAGAACGUCGGCGACCUGAUCGACUUCUACAACAUCCAGUUCUACAACCAGGGCCUGUACACCGACUGCGACGGGCUGAUCAACACCGCGGGCGCGCCGUUCACCGGCUCCGCGCUGCUCCAGAUCCCCGCGAACGGCUUCGACAUCAACAAGCUCGUGAUCGGCAAGCCCGGCGGCGCGUCGGACGCGACGAACGGGUUCAUCGACCCCGCCACGCUCGGCACGUGCGUCGCGCAGGCCAAGGCCGCGGGCUGGAACGCGGGCGUGAUGGCCUUCCAGUUCCCGAACGCGGACGCGGCGUGGAUCAAGGCCGCGAAGGGCACCGCGUUCGCCUGA